AUGGUACAGAUAAACGAAGUCAAGGAGUACUCCUCUCUGCAGCUGCGCACAGCCACGCACACCCACAUCAAAGGCCUCGGGCUCGACGAGCACGGAGUGGCCAAACCCGUCGAUGGAGGAUUCGUAGGCCAGGCCGAAGCCAGAGAAGCGUGUGGCGUCGUGGUGGAUUUGAUCAAAACAAAGAAGAUGAGCGGCAAAGCGAUCUUAUUGGCUGGAGCGCCGGGGCUGGGGAAAACGGCGCUUGCGUUGGCGGUUUCCCAGGAGUUGGGGCCGAAGGUGCCUUUUUGUCCUAUAGUGGGCAGUGAGUUGUACUCUGCUGAGGUGAAGAAGACGGCGGCGUUGAUGGAGAAUUUCAGGAAAGCUAUAGGGUUGAGAAUUAAAGAGACGAAGGAGGUCUACGAAGGAGAGGUGAUUGAGUUGACGCCAGAGGAGGCAGAGAACCCUUUGGGUGGGUAUGGAAAGACGAUUUCUCAUGUGAUUGUGGGAUUGAAGACCGCCAAGGGCACGAAGAAUUUGAGGUUGGAUCCGAGCAUUUACGAGAGUAUUCAGAAAGAACGGGUCGUUGUGGGCGAUGUGAUUUACGUGGAGGCCAAUACUGGAGCUGUCAAGAGAGUAGGACGGUCAGAUGCGUACGCUACCGAGUUUGAUUUGGAAGCUGAAGAGUACGUGCCGUUGCCUAAGGGGGAAGUUCAUAAAAAGAAGGAAAUCGUGCAAGACGUGACGCUCCACGACUUGGACGUGGCCAACGCCAGGCCUCAAGGUGGCCAGGAUGUGCUUUCCAUGAUGGGCCAGUUGUUGAAGCCGAAGAAGACGGAAAUCACAGAUAAGUUGCGUGCCGAGGUGAACAAGGUGGUGCUGAAGUAUAUUGACCAGGGCGUGGCGGAGUUGAUUCCGGGUGUUUUGUUUAUUGACGAGGUGAACAUGUUGGAUAUUGAGAUAUUCACGUACUUGAACCGGGCUUUGGAGAGUUCCAUUGCGCCCGUGGUGAUUUUGGCGUCCAACAGAGGUAUGACGACGAUCAGGGGGACGGGAGAUGACGUUAAGUACCCCCACGGAUGUCCUCCAGAUUUGGUGGACCGCUUGUUGAUUGUCAAGACGCUUCCUUAUAACCAGGAGGAGAUCAAAACGAUUGUUUCCAAAAGAGCACAGCUUGAAAACCUUGUGCUUGCGCCAGAAGCUUUGAACAAAUUGGCAGAACACGGCGUUUCCAGCUCGUUGAGGUACGCCCUUCAGUUGUUGGCGCCAGCAGGCAUUUUGGCAAAGACCGUGAACCGGUCUGAGAUCAUUCUUUCGGACGUGGAGGAGUGUGAGCUUUUGUUUUUGGACUCCCGUCGUUCCAUGCAAGUGUUGGAGUCCACCAAGGGCUACCUCUGA